AUGAAACCAAUUAAAAUAAAAGACAAAGAAAAUGCCACAGCAAAGAAAAAGAAACCAAAAUAUGAGUCAUCAGAGAGUGAAACUGAUGAGGAAGAAAGCCAAAAUAGUUCGAAUGAGGGAAUAUCCGAAGAAGAUGAAAGCAGUAGAGAUAUGAGAGAAGCAUCUUUGGAAUACAUUGCAAACGAAAUGAGUCUAGUUAACACCAGUGAGGUAACUAAGAAAAUAAAAAAUUUACGAUCUACCUAUAACCAAGGACGCGCGAAAAUCGAAAAAAGUAAAAAGAGUGGAUCUGGGUCGGAAGAUGUUUACAAGUCAUCCUUAAAAUGGUUCGAUAUAAUGGAUCAUAUAAUGAAAACAAUUAAUUUGAAAGAAAAGGAAACAACAAGCAAUCUGCCUAACGAUACACCGUCGUGGUCCAAAAUUUUGGAAGAUGAUGUUAGUCGGGACAUUGAUGAUAAAACUUAUAAUAAAUCAAUCGACUCCAGCGACAGCUCGUUGAUCAAAAAUAAAAAUCCAGUUCAAGUUAAAAAUAAAAUAAAGCAUAACAUUACCCAAGAAACGAGUGGAAUUGCAGCAGCUUUUACUGAGCUUAAACAACUGAAUAGUGCUAUACAAACUUCCAGUUGUUCUCAGCAAUGUGAUGAGUACGAUGUUAUUGGAAAACAUGUCGCUAUUCAACUGAGACAGCUCCCAUUACUCGAUUUUAUAGACGCCAAAGAUGAAAUCCAACAAGUACUUUCCCGAUACCGAAAAAAAGCUAUACAGGGUGUCCGCAAAGUUGGGGUUUUCCUUUUCAGAAACAACUACCCUUGA